CGGCUUUAAAAUUUUUGAAUAUUACGACUUUUGUAAGGUUUUGGGGAACGUAGUGUAAAAAGUCAUUGCUAAAAAAACUUUGUUGAAAUAAGUUCGUAAAAACUGGUAAAAACAUGUGUAAAUCGGGAAUGUAUACAUUGCUAGCUGUAUUAGGUGUAUGCCUAAUAGCUUAUUGUGAAGGCAAUUCAUUCGUCGAUAAAUUGGCUAAUUAUGGAAUUGCAGAAACUCUUCAAGUAAAAUAUCCAGAUAAAAGCCUUCAAGAAAGAGAAUGCAUGGCUAAUCUUAUAAUAAACAACAAGGAAGAUAAGAGUUUGGAAGCAAAGAUUGAUGAAGCAGCUAUGAUCUGUCCAAUUCUUAUAUUUAUCACUUCUCCAAUCGGCAUUGUUUCUAUUAUAGUACUUGUUCUCAUUUUUUUCAUUUUGUGCAUCCAAUGUGUUCGAUGCCUUUGCUGCCGCUAAAUAUAUUUGAUUUAAUUUAAACAUGUUUCG